GCCCACCUGCGCCGCGCUGCACAACCCCGUCAUCCAUCUUCGACGCCUGGACAACCACCGCAAUCACGACUUCAGCACCAGCUUCGCUCCCUCGCUCGAGUUCCGCAACGACGUCCGUCACCCGAGCCCGCGAUGCCUCACGGCGCGCACAAUCACGGCCCGCUGUCCACCCCGCGAGCUCGCAAUGGAGAGCCCACCCCGGCUGCCGAGCCAGCGUCUGCUAAGCGCGACCUGACCUCGUGGUGGAAACAGUUCAGCAAGCGCAACAUGAAGAAGGAGGAAGAGAAAGAACCUGAGCAACCUCGUGGCAUCUUCGGCGUACCACUCAUUACUAGCAUUCCCUAUGCGAAUGUUGCCAUAUCCUUGUUCAAAGAGAGCGGUGAGAGCUACAUAUACGGCUAUGUACCCAUCGUCGUUGCAAAAUGCGGCGUGUUCUUGAAGGAGAAAGCGACCGACGUGGAGGGCAUCUUCCGCCUCGCAGGCUCCGAAAAGAGAAUCAAGGAGCUAAAGGCCCAGUUCGAUACUCCGCCGCGAUGGGGUAAAGGCCUGGACUGGUCUGGCUACACCGUGCACGAUGCUGCAAACAUUCUUCGACGUUAUUUCAACCAGCUCCCAGAGCCCAUUAUUCCCUUGCAAUACUACGAUAGAUUCCGAGCACCUCUCCGAGGCCAUCAGGCAGAAGCCGUCGGCCCCAUCGAAGGCCAAUCUCCAUCUGUCGGCGGCUUUGAUCCCGACGAAGCUGUGCACGUGUACCAACAGCUGAUCAAGGACCUGCCUUCGCUCAACCGCCAACUUCUCCUUUACAUUCUGGAUUUGCUCGCCGUUUUCGCAGCCAAAGCCGAAAGCAACAAGAUGACCACAUCCAACCUGGCUGCCAUCUUCCAGCCGGGUAUCUUGUCACACCCCCAGCAUGACAUGUCUCCUCAAGACUAUCGUCUGAGUCAAGAUGUGCUCAUCUUCUUGAUUGACAAUCAAGAUCACUUUUUGAUUGGUAUGGAGGGCACAGAAGUUGAUGAGGGAACCGCCAGACACGUUGAAAGCGGUCCAUCCACCCCUCAAGCUAGGACGCCAACCACCCCGGUCCGAAAUCAGUCCAGCCUGGGCCGAUCCGCUUCGGCUGCGUCCAGCGCUGCUGCUGAAAGUGUGCGCAGGUUUGGAGACAUACGCCGUAAUGUUUCCACGUCAUCACGACGAUCCCGUCAUUCUGGAGUUGUGCCGAGCCCCACUACGCCUUCGUACGCAACUACUGGUUCUGGAGUGCACCGAAGCAACACCGUGCCAUCUAAGAGAUCUCCGGCCCUUCCUGCGUCUCAUUUCGCCAGGGAAAAGGCCUCGGACCCUCCUACUCCAAGCGCUGAGGACAAGGGUGCGCAGCUGCCAGCGGCCGUCACAACCACCCCUGCAAAGAUUGCUGAAGCCCCGGAAACAUCACAGCAAACCACAGCUCCUUCCAAGGUUUCAGCCAGCUCUACACAACGACCACAGACUCCUCCUGCGGAGCGUUCGGAGGCCGCCAAGCUUCAGCCACCAGCUCACAUCGAGCUGCCAAAGCCAAACAUUGCAACCCCAGGCCUGGAGAUGCCCGGCGCGUUCAUUCCCUCACCAGCAGUUGCGCCUCCAGCGAGCGAAUUCCUCAAUUCGGCCCCGUCUGCACAGGCAGGGCAGGCGUUGGUGCCACCCACUGAACAUCAGCCACGACGUAGCCCGCAGACCACUCCCAAACAUGAAAGAUCUGAGUUCAUGGAAGGCCCAAUCGAUACCGGAACUCCAGUGGAGCCUACGCCAGCAGUUCGUACUUUCACGCAGAUCUUAAACAAAGUGUCUCCCGACGAAAAAUCAUCCGGACGCAAACCAAACAAGCUGCAAAAGAGGCGAGUACCGAGUGCCAACCCUAGUGCGCAGAGCUCUACACACUCCCUGAGCGGCCCGUACCCAACAUCCCACGAGGCUCCACCUUCACCUCUGCCCCAAUCGUCGAUACCCCACUCCCACCCAGUUAGUUCAAAGGAACAACAUCAUGCCUAUAACAGCGAUACUGUGUCUUCAAGAAACUCUGGCACCACGCUAAAGCCCAGCAUGUCUCCAUCGGCAUCUUUCCGGUCGCACUCCACUGCCACCGAAUACUCCGAGCCAGAAGAUUUUCCUAGGGAAGAGAAGAAGAGCUUCUGGAAGAGCCACAAACGAGCGGAGAGCAAAGCUACCCCCACCGCGAGUCAAACUGAUCUUCAUGGUUCCAUCCCCAACGCGGACAAGAGUAUGAGUUCCAUUGGCAGCAGCUCUGGCAUGGGAGGAGGGCGAAGAAGCCUUCAGUAUGACUCUCACCAAAGCUCUGACCUUUCUGUAGCAUAUGGAGAUGCCAAAGAUCACAAUGAGAGGAAGAAUCCCUUUGAUUGGUUCAACAAGAAGCGACAGGAGCACAAGGAACGCGCAGACAAGAGACAGCGGGCUAAAAGCCCUCCCGGUAGCACGAGCGAUCUGAGCCAACCUCACGGCCUGACCAGACCGCGGGAUGACCUGGCCGUCAGAGGACGGUCUAUAGAGGUUCCAAGGCCGACAGAAAGCCAGGACUCGAGUGACGUUACGCCGACGGCAGUAACCCCCAACCCAUUGAAGACGACCCCAAGUCCUCCGAUGCAAGCCACUCAGGAUACCGUUCCUCCACCUGCGGCAGCGCCUACCGAAUCCUCUGGGGAGAAGCAAGCUGCUGCUGCUGAACCUUCACGUACUGAACCUUCACGUACUGAACCAGCAGCUACAUUGCCUUCCACCCAGGAGCCAACCGUUAAGACGGACGAUGCACAGACUGUUGUCCCAGCUGAUGUGUCGACUGCCAAACCUGUGGAAGCGCCCGCUCCUGCUACACCAGUCAAGUCUCUUUUGGAUAUCGGGCUCGAAGCUUCCAAGGCCAAGGACGAGACAAAAGACGAGGCGAAAGCAUCGAAUCCGGCCAAUUCAUCAACGUGAGGAAAUAGUAGUACUGGCUAUCUAAUGUUUGAUACAAGCAUGCAAAUCAUGUCUCUACAUCGAUCUUGACACUGGAACUUUGUGUGUUUGGAGAAUCUUUUUGCAGUCUCGUGCACGGAUUUCUGGUCUGCGCAGUGAUUGGGUAGAUUUUAACCCAUUUGUGAUUUGGACGUCACUCUAAUCAUGGGGAAGAUGUCUAUCGUCUUCGUCCCUUCUUUUUUUUCGCAUCUGCGCAUCUUUUUCGUUGCCUCUUGUCAGCUCGUGCUAAUGUGGCGACGGAGUCGAUUUGAUGGCCCUUUUUAUUUUGGUUCUUGUAAGAGGAACUUGCAUAUAGCAGGGAACGAUUUUGACGUUUGGAACUAAGACUACAGAGAGUGGGUUUCUUUCCUUUCGUGCAUCCUUUUCCAGGGAGCAUGUGAUGCCUAUAUGGAGGGUAGCCUUCACGGGUUGAUGGGGGUGGGAAUGUAGGAAGUAGUAGUUUAAUGAUUC